AGUUCAUUCCACCAUUUGUGUGCAGGUUGGAAACAUUGUGUUUGUAUGAAGCAGCUGGAUGAGAAUCGAGCAGAAAUGGAAGAACCAAACAAAGCUUCACACUCCGUGGGAGGUGAUCGUUCGGUCAAUCAUCCCAAACCAUUCUUCUAUGUUCAACCACCAGCACAGCCAUUUUAUGCAUACCAGUGGCACAUGAAUCACCCGUACAGCCAUCACAACUUCCCUGGAUAUGGCUUCCAUUAUGGCCGUCCAUACAUGGUCCCAUACUCCUACCUGCAGUAUCCAGGGUACGUCAUGCCUCACGCCAUGCAUCCUGUGGAUUACCGCCGAAUAUACGAGCGAAACUUUCCACAUUCCGCCACUUGUGAGGUCACUCUUCGACAGCAACAACAACAGCAGGGCAACGUGACUCAAAAAGAGACGACGUGUGCCGGAGCACAGACGGAGCCUUGCGACGCCCUGAAUAAACUCAUCGAAUGUCUGGAUCAGUUGCAUGCCGCAGACAGUUCCCAGACGUCCGGAAGUGUGUCGCCAAUGACCGGGGAUGCAAAGUAUGUGGGAGAAACCCUGGAGAGAAAGCCGGAUAGCGAAGAAGAGUCAAGUUCUAGUCCUGUAGAGCACUUCAUUCAAGAGGAGAACCAGUGUCUGUGUGAGGAGAUGGGGAAGGAUGAGGUUCACCACCAUGAUUGCCACUCGGACUCCUCUCGAAUCCAAUCAUCAAGUGGUAUUGGUCAAGGAAGACAAGAUGAUCUAAUACAGGACAGAGAAGGUGCAGAUACAGAUGAGGGAAUGGAGUGGAAUGGAUAUAAUGCCAGCCGGCCUUCGUCCCAUUCCUCACCAGCUCGAUGUUCCUCAAGAAGAAGAGAGAAUCAGGAUCUCAAGAACGUUCAGCAGCGAGAUGUUUCAGACGACCACUCGUGCUGCAUUCUCCACUUACCCUUUGAAAAGGUCUUAUCUUCCAGUGUUUUAGGCCACAGUGUUACUUCCUCAUCACUCGGAUCUCCGUUAAGUUAUACCUACCAUCCUCCUAAGCUGGCUCACGAGCGCCUUAGCGUCCUGAGUCCUUCUUUGGACGAGCUCUCAUCCCACGAUGAGGUUCUUUCCACCGAUUUGGAUGAAAUCGACCUGUUUCCCACUCGGAUUUACACCAGAGGAAAACUGUCCGAAGUCGCGUCCAGGAAAGGUCACGCUUCCGAACUGUGUUUCCUCUACCCCAACAGACUGACGUGCACCACGUGUGGGUCACACUCCUUCAGAGAGCUGAACAGGAGUAAGACGUACCGCUACAAAGACUUUAAAGAUUCAGGCAAGGUCGAGGGUGGAAGCUGUGAGAUGGGCAGGACGUGCGAGCAUUGCUUACAGAGCGUGCCGUCAAAAAGUCACGUAACCAAGAAAGUGCAUCCGCACAUCAAACAGAGAACAAACACGGCACAGCACAGGGAUACGGAUGUGCAUGAAAUGUCUCAUUCGGAGCAUUUUUACUGCGAGAAAUGCAUGAGUUCACCAGAGAAGAGCACCAGUCAUGCAUUCAGAGCAGCUCGUCCAGAGAGACGGUCCAGACUGACCUCCGAUCAGCUCGUCUGGGAGCACGUCAGUGGAAACACCAGACUGAAAUCCUGUAGAGCUCAACCCCUCCCUCAAAGACCACAACGACAGACAAAAUCUCGCUUUAAACCUCACGUGUGUCCGGGAUCCAGAAAUAAUGAUGAUGAUGCUGAAGAGGAGGUGGAAGAUGAGGAAGGACAGGAGAUGAUUCAGUACCACAGGGGAAAAGGAACCACAAAACGAGGAGGUGCUCCCUGCUAAAGUUCACCACAGUGCACAUCAUCAGCGUUGGUUUUUUUGGGUUUGGAAUUAUAACGAGUGUGUUUUUGGGUUGCAAAUGGGUUACUGUUGAUGUUCACUGCACUUUAAUUUCACGACACUCACGGCGUCUUUCAUGAAAUUAUGUUAAUGUUAAUGGCUUAACUUUUUUAUUCCGGCACUUUCCCUGCAUACAUAAAUGGAUGUAAAAAAAUAAAUGUAAUUAAUAACUGUGCUUUCUGAACAUCUUCGCUAUUAGAGUUUAAAUAAAGAA